GACUUUUACACUUGUUACGAAGAUGACGCUUUUUUGGUCGCAACCGAAAUCUUUCUCAGCGAGGUUGGAUUACGACGUUUCCAGACUGCUGGUCGUGAAAUAACGUAUCAUAAUCUGAAUAAUGCACAAUAUGGAAGAGUCGUUCGUGAUGUCAUUUUGUUGCUACACUAUCGACUAGAAGUUUACGGACUAUCUGAAGGAGUUUGGACUUUGAAAGCUAAGGGCUCUUUGGGAUGCUUAGGUGACUUUGAGGAACUUAUUGGAAAUAGUAUUGAACUAAGUGAACUAUCAACCAUAAUGGCAUUAUCAAUUACAGAAGAGACUAGCAGCGAUGAGUAUCGUGUCGUUGCCGCAUUCUGCAACGCUCAAGACUUGAGGAUGACCAUCGCUGAAUUUUCUGAUGCUGAGCAUUUUUCAAAUUUAGAGAAAUGUAUUGUGUCAUUGAUGCCCCACGAAUGCGUACUGUUGCCGUCUUCCUCUAAAGCAUUUACUUCUGCAGCUUCAGGAGCUGACAAAAGAAUCAACCAGCUAGAUACUGCCUUUAAACGUGCAAACGUGACCAAAAUUAUUGGUGAGAAAGAUUAUAGCGACUGUAAUCCAAAAAAGCUGGAGGAAGAGGUUAUGGCCUUAAUCCAGCCGAAGUAUAGAGAUUUUCAUCCGUCUGUGCUACAUAUUAGGUGUUUGUAUGCCUUGGUGAAGAAGCUUCUGCUCCUUAAUGACACAAACUAUGUUGGACAGUUUUCACUCUUUGAUUAUAAAUCUGCCGGAUUCAUGUACUUGGAUAUGGCGGCCGUCAAAGCGCUGGAGCUUUUUUCUGUUGCAUACGAUGAAGAUGGCGGAGUGGCAGAAUCUAGUACCCUCUUCGAGAGAAUUAACAGGUGUAGAACUCAACAAGGACAGCGUCUUUUGCCGGAUCUCCCAAUUAUAGGGGCUUGGAUGCGAAGGCCUUUAGUUGAUUUAAGGCAAAUAUCUGAGCGGUUGGACGUUGUUGAAGCUCUUGGAAUGGAUAAAUCAACUACAGAUACCUUACACGACGAUAUUUUGCGUAGAAUACCGGAUAUAAGCACUCUGACAAGAAAACUUAUUCACAAGAAAGCCGGUUUACAAGAAUGUUACCGUUUGUACCAACUUGUUUGUCUUUUGAAGCGUUUGGAGGAGGUUUUGAGUGAACUUUACAAAAGGGCUGAUGAUUUAGCCCCUUCCGUAAACGAACUUUUCUACGAGCCGAUUCGUCUUUCUAGCUUACAGUUUGAAAAGUAUGCCGCUUUAAUUGAGUCUGCUGUGGACAUACAAUACUGCGAAGAAACUGGAAAUUAUCGUAUUAGACCUGACAUCGACGAACAGCUUAAUCACACUGCUGGGAGAAUGAGAGAAAUAGAAGAGUCUUGUCAAAAAGCACUUGAUAAAAUGAGCUCACGAUUGUCAGAAAACGUGAAGCUGGAUUCGAAUUCGUCUAUUGGGUUUUAUUUUCGUUGUACAAUGAAGGCCGAGAAAUACUUGCGACAAAAUGGCUUACGUAUUGUGGAAGCUACAAAAGGAACCGGGGUGAAAUUUACUUCCAAACUGCUUGAUGAACUGAAUGCAGAGUAUAGAGACUUGCAAAGGUUUUAUGACAGGGCGCAAGGCGAGUUGGUAAAAACAGUUGUGGAGACUUGUGCUGGUUAUCUUCCUGCUUUCAAUCAACUUUCUGACAACUUGGCUGUUAUCGAUGUACUCGUAUCAUUUGCUGUAAUCGCUUCUGGUUCUUCGUAUCUCUACGUAAGGCCUCAAAUACUUGACAAGGGCGAACGGUGCUUAGUCUUGAAAAGUUGUCGUCACCCCGUUCUAGAAGCCUUAGAGGACUGUAAUUUCAUACCGAACGAUGUAAACAUGGGUGAAAGCUUAGACGAUAAAACACGUUUUCUACUUUUGACUGGCGCUAAUAUGGGUGGUAAGAGUACCUACCUACGUUCUUGCGCAUUAACAGUUUUAUUAGGACAGAUUGGAAGUUUUGUUCCAUGCACCAGCGCAAAAUUCUCGGUUGUUGAUGGAAUUCAUACAAGGAUUGGUAGUUGUGAUUAUCAGUGCAAAGGAGUUUCUACAUUUAUGGCUGAAAUGAUAGAUAGUGCUUCUAUUCUAGAGGGAGCGUCUGCCAAUUCUUUAGUUAUUAUCGACGAACUUGGUCGUGGAACCUCUACUUACGAUGGUUUUGGGAUUGCCUGGGCAAUUGCAGACGAUAUUCUGAACCGAAUCAAAUGUUUUUGCAUCUUUGCUACUCAUUUUCACGAGAUGGUAACUCUACAAGAACUUUAUCCGGAAUUUGUACGCAGCAUAUGCGUAGCAACACAUAUGGAUGAAAACAACCAACUAGUUUUGCUCUACCGCGUUGUUCCUGGACUAGCAGAACAUUCUUUUGGAUUGAAUAUUGCGAACAUUGUUGGCAUGCCUUCUACAGUCAUUGCUGCAGCAGAUGAAGAACUGAAAAACUUAGAAAAAAAAGAAGCUGGCGAGUCUGCGGAGGAGCGAGCUUUUGUAGAAAAGCUUAAAUGUUUGACGGGAGAAGAACUUCGGAACGCAAUUUUAACAAUAUGUUUCGAAUGCUCCGAUGCUCCUUUCAUGAGUUGCUUGCGUUUUAGAAACUUAAUUAGCUUUCUGGGCUUUCAUUAA